UUCGAUUCCCAUCCAGUUGUAGUUCGCGUUUCGCCGCGAGUGAAUAUAUUGGAAAAUAUAUAUCUCUCCCGAGACACUCCCGAAACGAAAAAAUUUUGGGGAUUUUUUUCAUUUCUUUCGGUUUAACAGAUAAAAACACCACCAAAAUUACUAGCAACAAUUUUGAGAAAUACACGUAGAAUUCACUACUCAGCAUGGGAGUGGCUGAAGAUUUCGCUCCCAGCUUUAUAAAAAAGCCACAAUUACGGCAAGAAGACGAUGGCAAUCGUUUAAUAUUCGAAUGUGAGCUAUUAUCAUCACCUAAGCCCGAUAUCGAAUGGUAUCGAAGCGAUGAACAAUUAAAAGAGGAUGGACGAACAAAAUUUAAAACACAACCAAUAGGCGAUAAUAAAUUUUUAGUAGUAUUAGAUCUCGACGAUGUUAUCGAAACGGAUGCUGGCCUCUACAAGGUCAAGGCAAAAAAUAAAAUGGGCGAAGUUUCGGCAUCGAUUAAUUUAAAUUUUAGCCCGGCCGACGAACCCAAAGAGAGACAAAUCGACGGCUUUGCGCCGACUUUUACGAAAAAACCUGCCAUUCGACAAGAGGACGAUGGUAAGCGCUUACUAUUCGAAUGCCGUAUCCAGGCUGAUCCAAAACCAACCGUCACCUGGUCACACAAUGGUACUGUCGUCAAAGAAUCGGCACGUCAUAAGCUUAUGAUCGAUAAAGAUGGUCAUUCAUAUUUUGCAUCACUUGAAAUUAAAAAUGUUACCGUUGAGGAUGCUGGUAAAUACAAAGUGACUGCGAAAAACGAAUUAGGCGAAAGCAAUGCGACAAUUAGUUUAAAUUUCGACAGCGAUGAGGCACCUGUUCCUGACGAUGGCAUAAAACCAACCUUUACUGAACGACCCGUUAUACGACAGAGCGAAGAUGGCGGUAAUAUUACAUUUGAAUGUCGUUGCGUCGGAGAUCCAAAGCCUACAGUCAUAUGGUAUCAUGGUAAAGAAGAAUUAAAACCAGGUGGACGUUAUAAAAUGUCACUGGAGCUCGAUCAAAAACUGUAUCAUAUGGCACGACUUGAAAUUACAAAUGUUGUUAAUGGCGAUAAGGGCGAAUAUCGUGCUAGGGCUCGUAAUUUACACGGCGAGGGCGUUGCAACGAUAAAUUUAAAUUUUGAAGGCGGUUCAAAGCCCAAAAUACCGGAUGGAAAAGCCCCGCGCUUUCCAAAAAAGCCAACCAUACGACAAGAGGGUGAUAUUCUUAUAAUGGAAUGUAUACUGGAAGCUCAUCCGGUCCCAGAUAUAACAUGGUUCCAGGGUGAAAAGCAAAUAUCGGGCUCUUCGCGUAUUAAAAUGUCACGGAAAGCAACAGCCAAAGAUGCAUAUGUUUUAACACUUGAAAUAACAAAUCCAACACGUGAUGAUGGCGGCAAUUAUCGAUGUAAUGCGUUUAAUAUAUAUGGCGAGAGUAACGCUAACAUCGCACUCAACUUUCAAGGCGCCGAUGAUGACAAAGGUUUUGCUCCUUCGUUUGUUGAAAAACCACGUAUUAUUCCAAACGAUUCGGGCACUUUGAUUACAAUGAAAUGUCGAUGUAAAGCUAAACCAGAACCAGCUGUUACUUGGCAUCGUGGACAAGAAAUUAUCAAAGAGACGAAAAAGAUCAAAAUUAAAUCCACGUCGGUCGGUGAAGAUUUAUAUGAAUUAACACUGGAAAUAAAGGACCCCGGUGCAGCAGAUGGUGGUACAUACCGAUGUCAUGUCAAAAAUGAAUUUGGCGAAUCGAAUGCGAAUUUGAAUUUGAAUAUUGAAGCUGAGCCAGAACCUGAAGGUGAUGGUCCCGAAUUUGUUGAAAAACCAAGAAUUAUUUCCGAAAAUAAUGGCAAAUUGGUUAUAAUGGAAUGUAAAGUGAAGGCUGAUCCAAAACCUGAUAUAUUAUGGACGUGUGAUGGUACAGUUGUCAAGGAGAGUAAUAAAAUCAAAAUGACAAUGGAACAACGCGGCGAUAUAUAUUAUAUUAAGUUGGAAUUGCAAGAUCCACAAUUGGAAGACUCUGGAUUAUACAAGUGUAAUAUUAAGAAUUCAUUGGGAGAAUUGAAUGCUAAUUUGACUUUGAACAUCGAAAUUGUUCCUGUGAUCAAAGAUAAACCGAAAAUCAUUAAAGUUAUCAAAAAACGUACAGUCAUUAUUGAAUGUACAGUCGCAUCUAAAUUUGAACCUAAAUGUACAUGGUUCAAAGAAACUAAUGAAGUUAAGAACAGCACAAGACAUACAACAAUCGUUGAACAAACCAAAGAAGGUGAAUUCAACGUUAAACUUGAAAUCAAUGAAGUUCAAGACACAGAUAAAGGUUCAUACAAGGUAGUUGCCAAGAAUGAGAAGGGCGAAGCCGUUUCACAGGUAGUCCAACUAACGGAAAUACCAGAAGAGGAAGGUAAACCUACAAAGCCGGAAAUAAGCCGAAAACUGACAGACCAAAAGGUAGUAGAGGAAAAAUCAUUCGAGCUCAUAUCAACCCUUAAGAAAGUUGAUAAGAAGUGCAAAGUUACAUGGUACAAAAAUAAUACGGUUAUUAAAGAAACUCGCGAGAUAACUACAACAUUCGAUGGUACAACCGCUCGUUUGACAUAUAGUUCAGCUAAAACUGAACAUACCGGAACUUAUAAAGUUGUCUUUACGAACGAAGCGGGAACAGAUGAAUCAAGUGCUCAGAUCACUGUAACUAAGAAGGACGAAAAGAAAAAGAAGAAGGAAGAAGAAGAAGAGGAGAAAAAGAAGAUUGAGGAGGAGAAGAAAAAGAAAGAGGAGGAGGAAAAGAAGAAGAAAGAAGAGGAAGAAAAGAAGAAAAAGGCCGAAGAAGAGAAGAAGAAAGAAGAAGAGAAAAAGAAAGAAGAAAAGAAGAAGGAAGAAGAGAAAAAGAAGAAAGAAGAAGAAAAGAAGAAAGAAGAAGAGAAGAAAAAGAUUGAGGAAGCCAAGAAAAAGGAACAAGAGAAAAUAAUCGAAGAGAAGAAAAAGAAGGAAGAUGAAGAAAAGAAGAAGAAGAUCGUAGAAGAAAAGAAGAAGGCCGAAGAAGAGAAGAAAAAAGUCGAAGAAAAGAAAAAGGCAGAUGAAAAGAAGAAGGUGGAAGAAGAAAAGAAACUUAUCAAAACUGAGGAGGAGAAACCGAAAAAGAAAAUUGAAGAUAUGGUUAAUGGUGAUAAGAAAACCGAGGAAGUCGGAAUCAAAAAAGUCGAAAAGAAGAAACCUUCCAAAAAACCUGGCGAACCUGAACCUGUAUCUGAAUCAGAAGAAGAAAGCGUCAAGGAAACCAGCUUUAAAGAAGAAACUAAAACUGAGGUUCGUCGGCGCUCAGUAGCCAAGGAGGAAACCAUCAUUGAAGAUGGUAAGGUGUCAAGAAAAUCGUCAAUUCAGACUGAUGAAGAGAGGACGGAAUCACGUCGGUCAUCUAUUGUCGAAAAGAAAGCCUUACAGCCUAAAGAUUUGGAUAAUAAAAAAUUAGAACCAGAAAAAUCACCGGCUGAAAUUAAGGAAGAAAUACCAAAAUUGAAAUCAGCUACGGAAAGGAAGAAAUCUGCGCAGAAAAUUGAAGAAGUCAAAGCUGAGGAAUUGCCCAAAUUACGUAAAACAGCGGCGCCACCUAAAGAAGAGCCCAAACCCGAACCUAAGAAGACAAAAGCUAAAGUUGUCAAACCGAAAAAAUACGAGGACCUUCCUGAAAUUCCAGAUUACGAACGUCCUGAAUUGGAAAAAUAUGAAAAAUCUGACUUUACAGCAACUGAAUUUGAUCGUAAAACUGAAUUACCGGGUAAACUGGAAAAACAAGCGGUAGAAACUCCUGGCAAACAACCAGAACAAGGUGUAUUGAAGAAUGGAGUAGAAAAGAAAGAGGAAAAACCAAAAGAAAAGGAAGAACCCAAAGGCUUCCAAGUUGGCAAAGGUAAAUUACCAGAAGAGAAGGCACCUGAUGCGGCUCCAAGCCUUAAGCCGGUGAUAAUUGAACCACCACAGGAGGAAGAACCAAAGACAAAAACGAGCACAGAUCAAGAGCCAAAAAAGGACUCUGGUCGAUUACCAGAAAGACGACGAUCAUCCUUUAUGCGUAUUGAACCCGUACCUAAUGAGCGUUUCUUUGAAAUUCAAUUGAAACCGGUUCAAAAACAAACCAUCGAAAUGGCAAAACCUCAAAAAGCUAAUAUAUUACUAAAGCAUAAUACAGCGGUUAAAGAAGUCGUUGGUAAGGAUGCAAAAUUCGCAAAAAUUUCGCUAGCACCAAAACAUACACAAUUACCUACAAUAUCUGACUAUGAACGUCCUGAACUAGAAAAAUAUGAGAAAAUCAAUUUAGAUAAAGCUGAAAAAUUGCCACCGAAAGGGGAUGAAAAACCGAAAGUGCCGGAAAUUAAAGCACCAAUACCUACGAUGGAGGCACCUAAGAUCGAGGUAAUUCGCGAGAAACCAGAUCGUAAAGGAUCUUUAGCACCAAGCUCUGGACCAACGAGCCGUCGUGGAUCCCUGAUACCACCGGAAGAACCAGGACGACGUCCUAGUCUUAUUAUUAACGAUGAGUCGAAUCGUAAACUACGACCUGGUGAAGUUUUGGAAGAAAAGAAGCUACUCAGACCAGGGGAAGUAUUAGAUGACAAGAGACGAAGACCAUCGGUCGAUAUGCGACGUCCUAGCGUACAAGAUCUCGAGGACAAGAUCAAUCAACCUUCGACACCACUACGUGAUAUUGGUGAGGGAGGACCACCACAAAUUGUUGACGUUGCUGAAAGCUAUUCGGCUGUUGAAGAUCAAACCGGCUACAUUACCGUACAAGUUGAAGGCAUUCCUGCACCAACUUUCCGUUUCUACAAAGGUGUCAGUGAAAUUAUUGAAGGUGGACGUUUCAAAUUUCUCACUGAUGGUGAAACAAAUACAAUCACAUUAUGCAUGAGAAAAAUUAAACCAAAUGAUGAAGGAAAAUAUAAAAUCAUUGUAUCGAAUAUACAUGGUGAAGAUUCAGCGGAAAUGCAAUUGUAUGUCUCAGAUGCAAGUGGUAUGGAUUUCCGUGCUAUGUUGAAAAAGCGCAAAUAUGCAAAAUGGGCUAAGGACAAAGGUGAUCCCGAUUGGGGUGAAUUAAAGGAAACUGAGAAGCCAAUGCCGGCACUUAAAAAAGUUGAGAAGAAACCGGAAUCAUUCUUGAGACCCUUAAUCGACCAGUUUGCAAAAGAAGGCAAGGAUAAAAAGGUUGUAUUUGAAGCUGGCUUCAGUAAGCCUAAUUGCAAGCCAAAAUGGAUGCUGCGAAAGGAUGAGCUUUUCCAAGGCAGCAAAUAUAAAUUCAAAAAUGAAGGUGACAUUUAUCAGUUGAUUAUUAUGAAUCCCAAAACAGAAGAUAGUGGCAAAUACACCAUUGAAAUUGGUGGUGUAGCUUCAACAGCCUUUUUGAAUGUUGAAGAAGCCGAUCCAGUCUAUACCUUUACGAAGCCAUUGAAAAAGAAAUAUGAAGGCUAUACCGUACACGAAUUGACACUUGAGUGUAGCGUGAGUAGUUCCAUGGCUAUCGUAUCUUGGUAUAAAGACGAUAAAAAAUUGGAAAGUGGUGAUAAGUAUACGAUUGGCAAGGAUCUCCAAGGAUGCUUAAAACUCGUUAUUAAAAAUUGUAUGCUUGAAGAUGCCGGCCACUAUACUUGCAAAAUUGAUAAGCAACCGGAUAAAACAGAAACAACUGUUAAGAUUGUUGAAUAUCCUUACAAGUUUGUAAAGGUCUUAAAAUCCCAGCAACUCAUCGAAAAGGAUACAGUCACAUUAGCCUGCGAAAUAGAUGAUGCAUCUGGCGAGGUACAAUGGUGGAAGGGUGACGAAGAAGUUAAGCCCGACAAACGUAUUAAGGUCGUGAAAGAAGGACGAAAACGAAAACUGGUCAUUUCCGAUGCAAAAGUUACAGACGCCGGUCAAUAUCGCUGUACUACAAAUGCUGAUAAGACUGAAGCUGAAAUCGUUAUCAAUUAUCUCAAUCGUUUCAAUAAGAAACUCAAAGAUACUGUGGCCGUUGAACGUGAGAAGCUUGUUCUGGAAGUUGAACUUCAAGAUCAAACCGCUCCAGCUGACUGGAAAUUCAAUGGUGAACCCAUCGUUCCAGAUGAACGUAUUGAAAUAAAGAACUUAGGCGGUGGUAAACAUCAAUUGAUCUUCAAUAAUUUGGAAAUGAAAGAUGACGGUGAAAUUACCUGUGAUUCUGGCAAACUAAGCUCGUCAUGUAAGCUCACCGUCAACAAAGGUGAAUCACAGCCAGUAAUAGAAUGUCCAAAAGAAUUUGAGGGUCCAAUUAGUCAGCCUCUGGUUAUGGAGGUGCCAUUCAAAGUUACCGGUACCAAGCAAUCACCGAUCGAAGCUAAACUUAUUAAAGAUGGUAAACCACUUCCUGUUAAGGAAGUUGAGGUAGCUGUGAGCGACGGUAAAGUUGUAUUUAAAGUUAAGAAACCAUCACGUGAACAAUCGGGACCAUACCAGAUCAAAAUUUCCAAUGGUCAAGGUGAAGACGUUAAAGAUGUUAAUAUUAUCAUGCAAGAUGUUCCCACACCACCACAAGAUGUUGACGUUAAAGAAGUUUUCCAAACAUCCUGUGUCGUGACAUGGAAGCCACCACAGGACGAUGGCGGUGCACCAAUUACAAAAUAUGUAAUUGAACGUCAAGAUUUAAGCCUGAAAAGCAAAUGGGAAAAUGUUGCUGAAGUACCUGGAAAUGAACCAUGUAAAAAGAAGAUUGAAGAUCUCACACCGAAAAAGCAAUACAAAUUCCGUAUACGUGCUGUCAACAAGCUGGGUCCUAGUGAACCUGCAACAUUCAAUAAGGCUAUCUUGGCCAAGGAUCCAUGGGACGAGCCCGGUAAACCAAAUAACGUUGAAGUCACUGACUGGGAUAAGGAUCAUGCCGACCUUAAAUGGGAUAAACCAACGGAAGAUGGUGGAUCACCAAUUACUGGCUACGUUAUUGAAUAUAAGGACAAAUUUGGAACUGACUGGGUACCUGCUAAGGAAGUUCCAGCCGAUGCUUUCCAGGCUACAGUCGAUGGUCUUAAGGAAGGCAAUCAAUAUGAAUUCCGAAUUCGUGCUAUCAACAAAGCUGGUCCUGGUGAGCCCAGCGACUCUACAAAACCAAUUAUUGCAAAAUGUCGUUUCGUCAAGCCUUUCAUUGUGGGCGAUGAGCUUAAAAAUGUUGUUGUCAAGAAAGGACAAAGUAUACGUUUCGACAUUCGAUACGGUGGAGAACCUGAACCAGAAUGCAAAUGGAACAAGGACGGCAAGGACUUGUCUACAUCAGAUAGUCGCGUUACUAUUGAUCAAUAUGAACGCAACUCUGCUGUGACAAUUCGCAAAUCUGUUCGCUCUGAUAGUGGUGUCUAUAAGGUCAUACUCUCCAACAGUUCAGGAACUGUUGAAUCUAAAGCUAAUGUAAUCGUUUUGGAUAGACCGCUUGCUCCUAAAGGACCAUUCGAACCGGAGGAAGUUCGCUCCGAUCACAUCAAGAUGAAAUGGAAGAAACCAGAGGACGAUGGUGGAUGCGAUAUCACCGGUUAUGUUUUAGAAAAAAUGGAUGAAGAAACAGGACGAUGGAUUCCUGCUGGAGAAUGCGGACCAAACGAUGAUUCCUUCACGUUCAAAGGCCUUACACCAAAGAAGAAAUACAAGUUCCGUGUCAAAGCUGUCAAUAAGGAAGGUGAAUCCGAACCAUUGGAAACACUUGAAGGUAUUGUGGCUAGAAAUCCAUACGAUGAGCCUAGCCGUCCUGGCAAACCUGAGAUCUUUGACUAUGACAACAUGAGUGUAUCUCUUAAAUGGAAGAAACCUGACAGUGAUGGUGGACGACCAAUUACCCACUACUCUAUCGAAAUGAAGGAUAAAUUCUCACCUGACUGGGUAGAAGUUGCGAAAACGGAAGGUCCUGAAUGCGAGUUGAAGGUUGGUGGUCUUAAAGAAAAGAUGACCUACCAAUUCCGUGUGAAAGCCCACAACAAAGCUGGAAGUUCCGAGCCUUCAGAACCUACUGACAAUCACUUAUGCAAGCACAAAAAUCUGAAACCAUUAAUUGAUCGUUCAACAUUCAAGUCGGUUACAAUCAAGUCUGGACGUACCCAUAAAUGGUCAGUUGAUGUUAGUGGUGAACCAGCACCAAAACUAACCUGGAGCUGGCGUGAUGAUGUUCCACUAACAACAACUGACCGCCUCAAGAUUGAAUGUGUCGACUAUCAUACGGACUUUACUCUUGUCAAUGCCGUACGUAAGGAUACCGGCAAAUACACCCUUCGUGCUGAAAACCGAAAUGGUGUCGACACUGAGACUGUUGAGCUUUGUGUUCUGUCGAAGCCAAGUCCGCCAAAGGGCCCACUUGAAGUUUCUGAUGUAACAGCUAAAGGAUGCAAGCUUAAAUGGAAGAAACCUGAUGAUGACGGUGGAGUUCCCAUUAAGGAAUACGAAGUCGAAAAGAUGGACACAGCUACCGGUAAAUGGAUACGGGUUGGUCGCCUACCAGGCGAUAAAGAACCACCAGAGUUUGAUGUGACUGGCUUGAAUCCUGGAUCGGAAUACAAAUUCCGUGUAACAGCAAUCAACUCCGAGGGAGAUUCCGAGCCACUUGAAACUUUAGUCGGUGUCGUUGCCAAGGAUCCAUACGAUGAGCCAUUGAAACCAGGAACACCAGAGGUUACUGACUACGACAAUAAGAGUGUCACCCUUAAAUGGGAACCUCCAAAGUCAGACGGUGGGGCACCUAUUGAUAAGUAUAUAAUUGAGAAGAAGGACCGAUAUAAGCCCGACUGGGAGAAAGCAGGUGAGGUGCCAGGCAAUCAGACCGAUGGGGUCGUAGAUGGAUUGAAGGAAUAUGGCGAAUACCAAUUCCGUAUAAUUGCCGUGAAUAAGGCAGGCCUAUCCCCACCAUCUGAUCCAAGCAAAGUACAAAUCGUAAAAUACAAAGCAUUGAAACCAAGAAUCGAUCGAACUAACUUGAAACCUGCCAUUGUUCGUGCCGGCAAAAUCAUCAAAUACGAUAUUGACGUACGCGGUGAACCACCACCAACAAUCACCUGGUACCAGAAAGGCACCGAGCUCAAAUCAGAGGGCAAUGUUGAAAUCACUAAUAUUGAUUACAAUACUAAGCUUUUAAUCUCUGAUUCUGUCCGCAAGAAUACAGGCUUAUAUAAAAUCCGAGCCGUGAACGAACACGGCGAGGAUGAGGCAGAGGUAGAAGUUUCUGUUCUUGCCGCACCAGGCAAACCAAAGGGACCACUAAAGGUUAAAGAUAUUACCAAAAACGGCUGCAAGCUCAAAUGGGAGAAGCCAGAGGAUGAUGGUGGUAAACCGAUUACCGCCUACCAAGUCGAAAAGUUCGAUAAGAAACAAGGACGUUGGAUGCCUGUCGGACGCACAUCUCCCACCGAUACUGAACUGGAUGUUAAAGGACUUACAGAAGGACACGAAUAUCAAUUCCGUGUUAAAGCCAUCAAUGAAGAAGGUGAAUCUGAGCCUUUGGAAACCGAUGGUAGCAUCAUCGCCAAGAAUCCUUAUGACGCUGCUGGCAAACCCGGCAAACCAGAGCUUGAAGAUUGGGAUGUUGAUCGUGUCGACUUGAAAUGGACUCCACCAAAAUCAGACGGAGGAGCUCCUAUCACUGGCUACGUCAUUGAAAAGAAAGAGAAAUUCUCUCCUGUGUGGGACGAAAUCCAUACAACUGAUGGACCUGAAUGCAAGGCCACCGUCACUGGACUCAAGGAGGGUAAUACCUACCAAUUCCGGGUGCGCGCUCUAAACAAAGCUGGACCAGGAGAGCCUAGCGAUGCUACAGAGCCUCAUAUAGCUAAGGCUCGAUUCCUGAAACCUCACAUCAAUCGCGAUAAACUCCAAACAGUAAAGGUCCGCGCUGGACAAAAUGUUAAAUUCGAUGUAGAUGUUCGUGGUGAACCGCCACCAACGAUCACCUGGAGCUUAGGUACGAAAACUUUGGAAGCUGGACCAAACUGUCGCAUCGAGAACGAGGAUUACAAUACAAAAUUAACUCUUCUCAACACAACACGCGGCAACUCCGGUACCUACAAAAUCUUUGCUCAGAACGAUUCGGGAACAGACGAAGCAGAGGUUGAAGUUCAUAUCCUCGAUAAACCAUCCAAACCAGAAGGUCCGCUUGAAGUUACUGAUGUGCACAAAGAAGGUUGCAAACUCAAGUGGAAUAAACCAAAAGAUGAUGGUGGCAUCCCAUUGACUGGAUAUCUCAUUGAAAAACUUGACACAGCAACAGGCCGUUGGGUGCCAGCAGGCCACGUUGAUCCAUCCAAGACAGAACAAGAAAUCAAAGGACUGGAACCCAACCAUCGGUACCAAUUCCGUGUUAAAGCCGUCAAUGAAGAAGGAGAAUCAGAACCUUUGGAAACCGAAAGUGCUAUUGUGGCCAAGAAUCCAUUCGAUCCACCGGCACCACCCGGCCUUCCAGAGCUUGAAGACUGGAAUGAACACAUGGUAAAACUAAAGUGGGAACCGCCAAUACGCGAUGGCGGUGCUCCAAUUACAGGCUAUAUUAUCGAAAUGAUGGACAAGGACUCUGGUCACUUCGUCAAGGCUGUUGAAACUCAAGGACCAACGUGCACAGGGGUAGUGCCAAAGCUUGAAGAAGGGCAACAAUACAAAUUCCGUGUGCGCGCCGUAAAUAAAGCUGGUCCUUCAGAACCAUCUGAGCAAACCAACUGGCAUACAGCGAAACCAAGAUUCCUGAAACCAAGGAUCGACCGCACAAACCUGAACCCAAUAUCCGUCAAAGUUGGCUUGUCAGUCAACUUGGAUGUUGCCAUCAUCGGUGAACCACCACCAACUGUAGAGUGGUUCUUCAAGGGACAACCAGUUGCCACAGACGACAACACUCGCAUUGACAACGUUGACUACAACACCAAAUUCUUCAUAAUGCGCUCGAAACGUAUUCAAUCAGGCAAAUAUGAAAUAGUUGCCAAAAACGAAGUCGGUGAAGACCGCGCCGAGGUAGAGAUUACUGUUCUUGGUAAACCAUCUAAACCCAAAGGACCACUUAAUGUAUCCGAUAUCCACAAGCAUGGUUGCAAACUAAAAUGGGACAAACCAGAAGAUGACGGUGGGGCACCAAUUGAUUACUACGAAAUCGAAAAAUUGGACCCACACACCGGCCAAUGGAUACCAUGCGGAAAGAGCACUGAACCCGAAGCUAGCAUUACUGGCUUACAAGAAGGCAAACCAUACAAAUUCCGUGUAAGAGCAGUGAACAAAGAGGGUGAAUCUGAACCACUCGAAACAGAACACUCCAUCAUUGCCAAGAAUCCAUUCGAUGAACCGGACAAACCAGGUCGUCCUGAACCAACUGAUUGGGACAAAGACUUCGUGGAUCUCCGCUGGACCCCACCUAAGAGCGAUGGCGGUGCUCCUAUCGAGAAGUACAUAAUUCAAAUGCGUGACAAAUCAGCACGCGGAUGGACUGACGCAGCCACAGUACCUGGUGAUCGUACCUCAGGGAAGGUAACAAACGUUGAAGAAGGACAUGAAUAUGAAUUCCGUGUUGUUGCCGUCAACAAAGCCGGUCCAAGUGAGCCUAGCGAUGUAUCUAAAUCAGUAAUCGCCAAGCCUCGCCAUCUUGCUCCUCGUAUUGAUCGUAAGAACCUUCAAAAGAAAGUACUCAGAAGCGGUCAAAUGCUUCGAAUGGAGGCUGACGUUAAAGGAGAACCAGCACCGAAAAUCGUCUGGACCUACAAAGAUGAAGUACUCCGUACAGCUGAUCGAUUAAAAAUUGAAAACGAGGAUUACAAAACUACCUUCAUACUACAGAAGGUCAAGCGAGCAGACAAAGGUAUUUACACCGUUACUGCCAAGAACGAAUCCGGCAUUGAUACUGUCGAUGUCGAGCUAGAAGUUUUAUGCAAACCAAGCAAACCGAAAGGUCCUUUGGAAGUAUCGGACGUUACAGCAGAAGGUGUUCACCUCAAAUGGGAUAAACCAGAAGAUGAUGGUGGUGAACCUAUUGAGCACUACCUUGUCGAACGUAUGGACACCGAAACAGGCCGUUGGGUGCCAGUAUGCACAACCAAAUCACCAGAAGCCGAUGUCACAGGUUUGACCGAAGGAAAGGACUAUCAAUUCCGAGUUAAGGCGGUCAACGCUGAGGGAGAAUCUGAACCUCUUGUUACAGAAUCUGCAACGACAGCUAAGAAUCCUUAUAACGCUCCAGAUACUCCCGGAAAGCCUGAAUUUAGAGAUUGGUCUCGCCACCAUGUUGACCUUAAAUGGAAGGCUCCAGAAAAUGACGGAGGUGCUCCAAUUACUGGUUACAUUAUUGAGAAGAAAGAUCCACUUACGAAUAAGUGGACAAAGGUCGCCGAAACCCAUUCACCAAAACCAGAAGCUACUGUUGAUGAUCUUAUUGAAGGAGAAAAAUACCAAUUCCGUGUCAAAGCUGUUAACAAAGGUGGUCAGAGCAAACCUUCACCAUCUUCUGAUAUUCUGACAGCUAAAGAUCGUCAUGCUCCACCGAAAAUUGAUCGUUCUACACUCAGAGAUCUUACCGUCAAGGCUGGCAUACACGUUCGCCUUGAUGUCAAGAUAAGCGGUGAACCUCCACCAACUAAAUCAUGGUUCCAUAAUAAGGCUCGUCUUGAGAAGGGUGAUAAUCUUCAAAUUGACUCUGAAGAUUACCGAACUAAGCUCUACAUUCCCGCUAUAAAACGCUCGCAAACCGGUCAAUAUACAAUCAAGGCGGAAAAUGCUUCAGGUCAUGAUGAAGCCAGUAUUGAAAUCACUGUACUAGAUAAACCUGCCAAACCAGAAGGACCAUUGAAAAUCAGCGACGUACACAAGGAAGGAUGUAAAUUGAAGUGGAAUCCACCGCUAGACGAUGGUGGUGUCCCUGUAGAUCACUAUCUUAUUGAAAAGAUGGACACGGAAACCGGACGAUGGUUGCCAGCAGGACGUACUCGUGAACCGCAUGCAGAAAUCAAUAACUUGGUUCCUGGGCAAGAGUACAAAUUCCGUGUCAGUGCAGUAAACGCUGAAGGCGAGUCUGAACCACUAGAAGCUGACCAUUCCAUUGUGGCCAAGAAUCCAUUUGAUGAACCCGGGGCACCUGGACAACCAGAAGCAACCGACUGGGAUAAGGAUCAUGUUGACCUAAGAUGGACGCCACCAGCUUCAGAUGGUGGCUCUCCAAUCACAGCUUAUGUCAUUGAAAAACGCGAAAAAGACACAGGCAAAUGGGUCAAGGCCGCUGAAGUACCUGCAACUGAAUGCAAAGGAACUGCACCAAACUUGGAUGAAGGUGUCGAAUAUGAAUUCCGUGUACGUGCUGUAAACGCCGCUGGACCGGGUGCUCCAAGCGAAGCCAGUAAACCAGUCAUCACUAAGCCCAGAAAACUGGCACCGAAAAUUGAUCGCAAAAACCUUCGCACGAUUACAGUACGCGAGGGUGAACCAAUCUACCUGGAUGUUAAAGUAGCAGGUGAGCCAGCUCCGGAUGUUGCUUGGCAGCAUAACGGCAAGACGAUACCUUCCGCUGGCACCAAACGAGUUGAUAACGUACCCUACAAUUCGAAAUUCUUCAACGAUAGUCCUGAGCGAAAGGACACUGGAACCUAUAAGAUUACAGCCGUGAACAAAUAUGGCCAAGAUACCGCUGAAAUUGAAAUUAAUGUUAUCUCCAAACCUGGAAAGCCGGAAGGACCUCUAGAAGUGUCAGAUAUCCACAAAGAAGGAUGCAAACUCAAAUGGAAAAAACCAUUGGAUGAUGGUGGUGAACCAAUUGACGGUUAUUUAGUCGAAAAGUUCGAUCCAGACACUGGAAUUUGGCUACCUGUUGGCAAAUCCGAUAUUCCAGAGAUGACUGUAGAUGGUCUUACACCUGGUCAUGAAUACAAAUUCCGUGUCAAAGCUCUUAACAAAGAAGGCGAAUCCGAACCACUUGAAACCUUCGGAACAAUUGUUGCAAAAGAUCCGUUCACUACUCCAUCGCGUCCAGGCGCUCCCGAACCAUCCGACUGGUCAGCCAAUCAUGUUGACCUGGUUUGGCAAGAACCAGCUUCCGAUGGAGGAUCCCCGAUUAUUGGAUAUCUUAUCGAAAAGAAAGAUAAAUACAGCCCCAUGUGGGAAAAGGCUUGUGAGACAACAAGUCCGACCCCGGCAGCUACUGUCAACGGCUUAGUCGAAGGUAACGAAUACCAGUUCCGUGUGAUUGCCAUCAAUAAAGCCGGAAACUCAGAACCUUCUGAAGCCAGCAAGAACUUCGUGGCUAAACCUCGUUUCUUGGCACCCAAAAUCGAUCGACGAAAUCUCCGUGAUACUACUAUUUCAGCAGGCACUGCUUUGAAAUUCGAUGCCAAUAUUAUUGGCGAACCUGCACCGACCGUCGAAUGGCGCUUCUGUAACAUGCCAUUGCAUUCCGGAAAGAAUGUUACCAUUGACAAUGUGGACUAUCAUACUAAGAUGACUAUCAGACCGGCCCAGCGUGGUGACUCCGGUGAAUACACUGUUACAGCCACUAAUAGCUCAGGAAAGGACACUGUCACCAUCAAGGUUACAGUAACAGACAAACCUUCAGCACCUGAAGGACCACUACAAAUAUCGGACGUGCACAAAGAAGGAUGCAAGCUCAAGUGGAAGCGACCAAAAGACGAUGGUGGUACCCCAAUCGAGUAUUUCCAAGUCGACAAAAUGGAUCCAGAAACUGGCUGUUGGGUUCCUGUUUGCAGAGCUACUGAACCAAACGCUGAAGUUACUGGCCUAACUCCAGGUGGUGAAUACAAAUUCCGUGUAUCUGCUGUCAAUGCCGAAGGUGAAUCAGCACCUCUUGUAGCCGAUGAAACUAUUGUUGCCAAGAAUCCGUUCGACGAACCUGGAAAACCAGGCAACCUUCGUGCUACCGAUUGGGACAAAGAUCAUGUCGACUUGGCAUGGACUCCACCCCUCUUCGAUGGUGGUUCACCGAUCACUGGUUACAUUGUCGAAAAGAAGGACAAGUAUGGUGAUUGGGAAAAAGCCCUUGAUGUUCCGGCCGGCCAAUGCAACGCUAAAGUUCCAGAUCUUAUUGAAGGUCAAACCUACGAGUUCCGGGUACGUGCAGUUAAUGCAGCAGGUCCUGGUGAACCAAGCGAUUGCACACCUCCAAUAACUGCCAAAGCCCGCAAUCAAGCUCCUCGUAUUGAUCGCACCAACCUUAUUGAGGUUAAAAUCAAGGCUGGACAGAACUUCAAUUUCGAUAUCAAAGUAUCUGGCGAACCAGCACCCACAACACGUUGGAUGCUCAAUAAGCGUGAAGUCAGGCCCAGCGAUCGCGUAAAGAUAACUGAUGUUGAAUACAAUACUAAACUCGUUGUUCGUAAUGCAACUCGCGGUGAUUCCGGCACCUAUACACUCACCGCUGAGAAUAUUAAUGGAAGUGACACAGCAGACGUUAAGGUCAUUAUAUUGGAUCGACCAUCUCCACCAAACGGUCCACUAAAGGUGGAAGAUGUCUUCGCGGAGGGAUGUACCUUGAAAUGGAGCCCACCGAGCGACGAUGGUGGCCAACCUGUCGAGAAUUAUGUUGUUGAAAAAAUGGAUGAGGUUACGGGACGAUGGGUACCAGCUGGUGAAACUGAUGGACCUGUAACUUCAUUAAAGAUUGGUGGCCUGACACCUGGUCACAAAUAUAAAUUCCGAGUCCGUGCUUGCAAUAAGCAGGGACGAUCAGAGCCACUUACUACUCCACAUUCAACAGAGGCGAAGAAUCCAUAUGAUGAACCCACGAAACCAGGAACUCCAGUAAUCAAAGACUAUGAUAAGGACUUUGUGGAAUUAGCCUGGGACCGUCCCGAAAGUGAUGGUGGAUCUCCCAUAACAGGUUACAUCAUUGAAAAGAAAGAUAAAUACAGUCCCGACUGGGAAAAGUGCGCCGAAGUUGAAGGGGAUGUUACUACCGGCAAGGUUCCAGAUCUCAUCGAAGGAACUAAGUAUGAAUUCCGUGUUCGUGCAGUGAACAAAGCUGGACCUGGAGUUCCUAGCGACCCAACACAACCUCAUAUUGCACGCGCCAAGAAUCUCGCUCCAAAGAUCGAUCGUAAUUUCAUGAUCAACGUGAAAGUUCGUGCGGGACAAACCUUUGAAUGGGAUGUUCCAGUUAUUGGUGAACCACCACCAAGCAAGGAAUGGUCACAUGGUGACGAUAUGGUCAUAAAUAAUGACCGUGUUAAAAUCGUCAACGAAGACUAUCGUACCAAAUUGCGAGUUAUUGAUGCUAAACGAUCAGACAGCGGUGAAUACACGUUGUCAGCCCGAAACAUUAAUGGACAAGACAAAGCAACGGUGAAGGUAACCGUAGUCGAUGUUCCAACUCCACCAGAAGGCCCCAUUCGCCCCGAAGAAGUGACCAAGAAUUCCAUCACACUUAGAUGGAGACCUCCUAAGGACGAUGGAGGCUCUGAAAUUACCCAUUAUACCGUGGAAAAAAUGGAUGCAGAGACUGGCCGAUGGGUUCCAGUUGGGGACUGCGCUGACACAUCAAUUCGUGCGGAUAAUCUUAUAGAAGGCCACGAUUACAACUUCCGUGUUCGCGCUGUUAACAAGCAAGGUGAAUCACAACCACUCACUACGCAACAGGCCAUCACAGCAAAGGACCCAUAUAGCAAACCCGACAAACCAGGUCAACCGCAAUUGGUUGACUGGGACAAGGACCAUGUCGAUCUUGAAUGGACUCCACCAAAGAAGGAUGGAGGUGCACCAAUUACAGGCUACAUUAUUGAGAAGAAACCAAGAUUUGGAGGUUGGGAAAAGGCACUUGAAGUUCCGGCUAGUGUAACAUCCGCCCGAGUGCCAGAUUUGACUGAAAAUGAAGAAUACGAAUUCCGUAUUGUGGCUGUGAACAAAGGCGGGAACAGUGAUCCUUCUGAUCCUUCCGAAAAGGUUGUGGCUAAACCCCGAUUCCUCGCUCCAAACUUCGAUAAGACUCUACUGGAGGAUCUUAUCGUUCAUGCUGGUAAACGUCUCGGAUGGACAAUUCCAGUGGAAGCAUCACCUAGGCCAACAUACAAAUGGACCGUUGAUGGAAAGCCAAUUGAACCAGGAUCUCGCGUUGAUAUGAACCUCUUCCAGAAUGAACUUAGCUUUGAAAUACCCUUCUCUGCUCGAAGUGACACAGGAUUCUACACGUUAACUUUGAAGAACGAAGUUGGCGAAUGUUCGGCAUCCGCACAUGCUACUGUUCUUGAUAAACCAAACCCACCAGAAGCGCCACUUAAUAUCACUAAUAUCACAAAAGAAGGAUGCCACUUGUCAUGGCUUCCGCCCAAGGACGAUGGAGGCUCUCCAAUCCUACACUAUGUCAUUGAGAAAAUGGACCUAUCCCGAGGUACUUGGACUGAUGCGGGUAUGAGCACAACAACUGCUCAUGAUGUUUCAAGACUAAUUCAUCGUAAAGAGUAUUUAUUCCGUGUAAAAGCCGUUAAUGCAAUCGGCGAAUCAGAACCGUUGGAAGCACCAAAGAGUAUCAUCGCUAAAAAUGAAUUUGAUGAACCUGAUGCACCAGGUAAGCCUGCAAUUACAGAUUGGGAUAAGGAUCAUGUUGAUCUGCAAUGGACUCCACCUAAAUCUGAUGGAGGUGCUCCCCUCACCGGGUACAUUAUACAAAAGAAGGAGAAAGGCAAUCCAUACUGGGUUAAUGCUGUCCAUGUUCCACCAAACAAGACGGCAGCUACUGUGCCAGAGUUGACUGAAGGACAAGAAUAUGAGUUCCGUAUAAUUGCCGUAAAUCAAGCCGGGCAAUCUGAACCAUCCGAACCUUCAGAUAUGAUCAUGGCUAAAGCACGAUACCUGGCACCGAAGAUUAUCACUCCAUUGCAUGAUAUUCGUAUCAAGGCUGGACUCAUGUUACAUGUGGAUAUUGAUUUUAUUGGUGAACCUGCUCCUGAAGUAAUCUGGGAUCGUAACUCAAAACCAUUAGAAUCAACUGAUCGCACAACUGUCACAUCUAUUGGACACCACACAGUUGUCCAUACUGUCAAUUGCAAUCGCUCCGAUUCAGGAGUUUAUCACCUCUUAUUGCGAAAUGACUCUGGCAUUGACGAAGGAUCAUUCCAAUUGAUUGUAUUGGAUCGUCCAGCACCACCACAAGGACCUCUCGAAUAUGAAGAAAUCACUGCCAACAGCGUAACCGUAUCUUGGAAGCCACCAAAGGACAAUGGUGGUUCAGAAAUCACAGCAUACGUUAUUGAAAAACGCGAUUUGACACAUGGCGGAGGCUGGGUACCAGCGGUCACAUACGUCAACCCGAAAUACAAUCACGCUGUUGUUCCUCGAUUACUUGAAGGAACCAAAUAUGAAUUUAGGGUUAUGGCUGAAAAUCUCCAGGGUCGUUCAGAUCCGUUGACUUCUGAAAGUCCUGUAGUUGCAAAGAACCAAUAUGAUGUUCCCGGACGUCCUGGAAAACCACAAUUGGUUGAUGCAGACAAGGAUCAUAUCAAAAUCAAGUGGCCAGCACCAAUCAGCAAUGGAGGCUCGCCAAUCAUUGGAUACGAUGUUGAACGUCGCGACAAGCUCACCGGCCGUUGGGUUAAACUCAACAAGGAUCCAGUUCCUGGAAACGAUUAUAAUGAUGAUCGUGUCACUGAAGGACAUCAAUAUGAAUACCGCGUAUCGGCUGUAAACGCAGCUGGUGCAGGAAAACCGUCCGAUCCGUCGGCCGUAAUGGCUGCUAAACCAAUGCGCGAAAAGCCCAAGCUAUGGCUUGAUGGACUUAUCGGCCGCAAGAUAAAGGUUCGUGCUGGUGAACCAAUCAAUAUUGACAUCCCACUUUCAGGGGCACCAACACCCACCGUUGAAUGGCAGAAAGCUGGAAUUCGCAUUCCAGAAUCAAACCGAGUAUCCACUGAAACCAAUGACGAGAAAACGUUACUCCAUAUUGACCAGUCGACUCGACAAGAUGCCGCCAAAUAUACCGUGACCGCAUCCAAUGAAUUUGGUAAAGAUUCUGCCGAUAUUGAAGUCAUUGUUGUGGACAAACCAGGAAUGCCUGAGGGUCCAUUGACAUAUACCGAAACAACACAAGAUUCAAUUUCAUUAUCUUGGCAUCCACCUAGAGAUGAUGGCGGUAGCGAAAUUUGUAACUACGUCGUUGAAGUUGCAGAGUUUGGAACAGACUCUUGGCGACCAGUUCCUGGAUAUUGUCCAAAGAAUGCCUUUACUGUUAAGGGUUUGACAGAAGGCAAGAAGUAUGUUUUCCGCGUUGCUGCCGAGAAUAUCUACGGUGUAUCUGAACCGCUAGAAGGCAAGCCAGUUGUCGCCAAAUCACCGUUCGACCCACCAGAUGCACCAAGCCAGCCAGAAAUCACUGCAUACAGCCCAAGUUCAUGUAGCCUACAAUGGCACCCACCAGAAUACUGCGGUGGCAAACCAAUCAAUGGAUACAUUGUUGAGAAACGAGAACGUGGCGGUGAAUGGAUUAAAUGUAAUAAUUACCCAACACCAAACACAAGCUAUACUGUUCAGGAUCUGCGUGAAGGAACACGAUAUGAGUUCCGCGUCAUCGCAGUUAACGAAGCAGGCUUGGGUAAACCAAGCAAACCAUCUGAACCAAUGAUUGCCCAAUUACAGAGAUCGCGUCCAGAUCCACCAGAACCACCUAAGCCAGACCGCAUUACAACAGAUAGUGUCACCUUAUCCUGGCGUCCACCACGAAAUGAUGGAAAGGCCAAAAUCAAGGGAUACAUCCUACAAAAGAAGGCUAAGGGCGACAAAGAUUGGAGCGAUGUUAACGAAGUGCCUAUUCAUAACACAGUGCAUACAGUUCCUCAUUUGAAGGAAGGCGAAGAAUACAACUUCCGUGUUAUCGCUGUCAAUGAGGUUGGACCUUCAGAUCCUUCGAAACCAUCGAACCCGAUUGUUAUCGAAGAGCAACCAAAUAAACCUUGCAUGGACCUGGGAGGUGUACGAGAUAUCACCGUACGUGCCGGAGAAGACUUCUGUAUUCAUGUGCCAUAUGUAGGCUUCCCGAAACCAACAGCUUCUUGGUUCGUAAACGAUACCAUCCUCGAUGAUACCGACAGUCGCAUUUUCCAGAAUUUAACAGAUGACUCAGCCAGUUUAGUAAUGAAGAACUCGAAACGUAGCGAUGGAGGCCAGUACCGUCUUCAACUGAAAAAUCCAUCUGGGUUCGACACUGCUACCAUCAAUGUUCGCGUCCUGGAUCGUCCUAAGCCACCCACUAACUUACGUGCUGAUGAAUUCGCGGGUGAUUCACUCACUUUGUACUGGAAUCCUCCCAAGGAUGAUGGUGGAGCUCCAAUCACCAACUAUGUUGUUGAAAAGAAAGAAGCUCGUGCUAAUACCUGGACCAAAGUCAGCAGUUAUUGUACUACUCCGUUCGUACGAGUACGUAAUUUGACUAUUGGCAAAGAUUAUGAAUUCCGUGUUAUGGCUGAGAAUCAAUAUGGUCAAUCAGAGCCAGCUGAAACAGAACAACCCAUUCGUGCUCGUCAUCCAUUCGAUCCUCCAGGUGCACCCGGUGCUCCACGUGGUAUCGAAAGCACUGAAGAUUCAAUUACAAUUGCAUGGACAAAGCCACGUCACGAUGGAGGUUCUCCGAUUACAGGAUACGUGGUUGAAAAACGUCUUAUCUCAGAGGAUAAAUGGACUAAAGCGACACACGCCCACAUUCCAGAUUUGACUUGCAAAGUACCAAACUUGCUUGAAAAUCACGAAUAUGAAUUCCGUGUUGCUGCUCUUAAUGCUGCUGGACAAGGACCUUGGAGUUCAUCCUCCGACAUGAUCGUAUGCCGCGCGCCACCAAGUGCGCCCAAGAUCACAUCAGACUUGAGCAUCCGGGAUAUGACUGUCAUCGCCGGAGACGAUUUCAAAAUCACAGUACCAUUCAAUGGCAAUCCAAAACCGCGCCCUGCAUGGACUAUCAAUGGCAACGAGGUUUUGCCUGACGAUCGUAUCAAAUUCGAGACCAGCGACAUUAACACCAUCUUCUACAACAAAUGCGCCAAACGGUCCGAAACAGGAGUUUAUACUAUCAGCCUGACGAAUUCUGAAGGCUCUGAUUCUGCCUCAUGCCACGUUACAGUCGUAGAUAAACCAGGACCACCACAAGGCCCACUCACGGCAUUUGAUAUCACACCAGAUACCUGCUCACUUUCGUGGAAGCCACCACUAGACGAUGGUGGCUCACCAAUCACAAAUUAUGUUGUCGAGAAGAUGGACAUUGGCGGUGAUUGGGUUAAGGUGAGCAGCUUCGUCAGGAGCUGUCAUUACGACGUUAUGGGAUUGGAACCUAAUCAUAAGUAUUACUUCCGAGUCCGAGCUGAAAAUCAAUAUGGUGUUGGAGAGCCAUUGAGCAUGGAUGAACCAGUUUUGGCCAAAUAUCCCUUCACUGUGCCAGAUCCACCAGGUCAGCCAAAGGUCAUUGAUUGGGAUAGUGGCAAUGUGACUCUCAUCUGGGACAGACCACAUUCUGACGGAGGUUCUCGUAUUCAAGGCUACCAAAUUGAGUAUCGUGAUGUUGUCAAUGAUACAACCUGGAAUGUCUACGAGUAUCUCAUUAAGGAUACUAAAUACCAAUUGUAUAACCUUGUUAAUGGACACGAGUAUGAAUUCCGCAUUAAAGCUAAGAAUGCUGCCGGAUUCAGCAAACCAUCACCACCGUCCCUCAAAUUCAAGCUUAAAGGCAAAUUCAAUGUCCCAUCUCCACCAGGAACGCCUACUGUUGUCAAAGUCGGCAAGAACUACGUCGACCUCAAAUGGGAGCCACCACAGAGCGAUGGAGGUUCACGCAUUACAGGAUAUAUCAUUGAACGGCGCGACAUUGGUGGUGCUUUAUGGGUUAAAUGCAACGACUAUAACGUUAUGGACACUGAGUUCACUGUCAUUAACUUAGUUGAAAUGGGAGAUUACGAAUUCAGGAUUUUCGCAGUUAACGCUGCCGGAAGAUCAGAACCAAGUUCAUGCACAAUGCCCAUUAAGGUAUGCGAAGUACUGGGUGGAGAGAAACCAGAAUGGAUCACACGACUCUCAGAUACUGUCGCUCCAAUGGGUAAGUACUUCUGCCUCACAUGCCAAGCAACUGGCAAACCAGAACCAACGUCACGCUGGUUGAGAAACGGCAAAGAAAUUACACUGGGCGGAAAAUAUACCACCGAAAGUAAGGAUGGAGUUUUCAAACUUCAUAUCGCUGAUGUGAAUGCCCAAGAUGAGGCUGAUUAUACCUGCGAAGCUAUUAACUCAUUAGGAUUCGUCCACACUACUGGACAUUUGAAAAUUGGAACACCACCAAGAAUUGAUCGCAUCCCAGCUGAAGUGUAUCUUGUUGAAAAAGACAAUCGUAAGAUCAAGAUUUACUACUCUGGCGAUCAACCUAUGGAUGUAACAUUAACCAAAGAUGGCAAGGAAGUUGGUCCAGAUGACGGUCAUGUUAAAUACACCGUUUUCGAUGACUACGUUGCAAUCUUCAUCAAGGAUAUUAACAAAGACGACGCCGGAACCUAUCGCAUUGAUUUCAACAACGAUAGUGGUACCGCUUCGGGAUACAUGCAGGCCUACAUAACAGGAUUGCCUGGAGCUCCAACUGGUCCACUUGGAAUGAGUGGAAUCACAAAGCAUACAUGCAACUUAUCCUGGAAACCUCCGGCUUACGAUGGCGGCAUGAAAAUUACACACUAUGUUGUUGAACGCAAGGAUACCUCCCACCAACACUGGGUCACUGUAUCCAGCUACGUCAAGGAUUUGUCACAUAUUGUCCAAGGACUUACUGAGAACCAAGAGUACUUAUUCCGCGUUAUGGCUGUCAAUGAGAAUGGAAUGGGUCCACCACUUGAAGGACUCAAUCCUAUUCGCGCCAAAGCUCCAUUCGAUCCUCCAGGACCACCAGGUGUACCCAAAGUCACUGAAGUCGGCGACGAUUUCGUUCAUUUGGAAUGGGAGAAACCAGAAUACGAUGGUGGUGCUCGCAUUCAAGGCUACUGGAUCGAUAAACGCGAGGUUGGCAGCAGCACUUGGGUGCGUGUGAACGUAGCAAUUUGCCCAGCAACACAAAUCAAUUGCCCGAAUCUUAUCGAAGGCCGACAAUAUGAAUUCCGGGUGUUUGCCCAAAACGAGGCUGGAUUAUCGAAGGAAUCAUCGGCUUCGUCUUCAGUUAAAAUUGUCGAUCCAAAGGCAGCUCAACCUCCAUUAAUUGUGAAACCAUUGCGUGAUGCCAACUGCAUACAAAAUCACAAUGCUCAAUUCUCGUGCCAAAUUACAGGCGUGCCCAAGCCAGUUAUUACUUGGUAUAAGGGUGCCAGAGAAAUUACGAAUGGUGCCCGUUAUCAUAUUUACGCUGAAGGUGAUACAUACCACUUGGUUAUCAAGGAUGUCUUCGGUGAAGAUGCAGAUGAAUAUGUUUGCCGAGCUGCAAAUAAGGGAGGAAUUAAGUCCACGAGGGCUUCGCUCUAUAUAAUGACUGCUCCGAAACUAAAUGUUCCACCACGAUUCCGCGAUACAGCCUACUUCGAUAAAGGUGAAAAUGUUGUUAUCAAAAUUCCAUUCACUGGACACCCGAAACCACGUAUUACAUGGGUUCGUGAAGGUGAAGUUAUUGAAUCUGGUGGACAUUACAAUGUUGAAGUUAAGGAACGUCACGCUAUCCUAACAAUCCGUGAUGGUUCCAAGAUGGAUUCUGGACCAUAUCGCAUCACUGCCGAAAACGAACUGGGAUCAGACACGGCUAUCAUUAAAAUUCAAAUCAGUGAUCGUCCUGAUCCCCCACGAUUCCCAACUAUUGAAAAUAUUGGACAGGAUUCAUUGUCACUCAGCUGGAAGGCUCCUGUCUGGGAUGGUGGUUCCAAUAUCACCAACUACUUGGUUGAGAAGAGAGAGAACGACAUGUCAACAUGGAUACGAGUUGGAAACACACGUUUCACUACUAUGGCCAUUACAGGAUUGGCACCAGGACACCAGUAUGAAUUCCGUGUUUAUGCCGAGAAUAUCUACGGACGAUCUGAUCCAUCUGAAACUAGCACAUCAGUUUCAACCAAGGCUGCAAUCAAGAAGGUUCAUAAGGAAAAGAAAUACGAGCUCGAUGAGCAUGGUAAGAAGAUCCGCGGAAAGGCAGAUGGACCAAUCAAGGACUACGAUUCAUAUGUGUUUGAUAUUUGGUCUAAAUAUGUUCCCCAACCGGUCGACAUCUCCACUGACAGUGUCUAUGAUCGCUACGAUAUUUUGGAAGAAAUUGGAACUGGCGCAUUUGGUGUUGUACAUAGAUGUCGUGAACGUGCCACUGGUAAUAUCUUUGCAGCCAAGUUUAUUCCAGUCUCACAUGCAAUGGAAAAGGAGCUCAUCCGUAAAGAAAUUGAUAUCAUGAAUCAAUUGCAUCAUCAAAAAUUGAUCAACUUGCACGAUGCCUUUGAAGAUGACGACGAGAUGGUUCUUAUCUUCGAAUUCUUAUCCGGAGGAGAACUAUUUGAACGCAUUACUGCCGAAGGCUACGUGAUGUCUGAGGCCGAGGUCAUCAACUAUAUGAGACAAAUUUGCGAAGGUGUCAAACAUAUGCAUGAAAAGAAUAUCAUUCACUUGGAUAUCAAGCCUGAGAAUAUAAUGUGUCAGACCAGGACGAGUACAAACGUGAAGCUGAUCGAUUUCGGACUUGCCACCAAAUUGGACCCCAAUGAGGUUGUCAAGAUUUCAACAGGAACUGCCGAGUUUGCCGCACCAGAAAUUGUGAACCGAGAACCAGUAGGAUUCUAUACAGAUAUGUGGGCGGUUGGCGUUCUGGGCUAUGUACUCUUGAGUGGUCUCUCGCCGUUUGCUGGAGAUACUGAUGUUGAUACAUUGAAAAACGUCAAGGCCUGCGACUGGGACUUCGAUGAAGAAGCAUUCCGAAAUGUUUCGGAAGAAGCUAAAGAUUUCAUCCGUCGUCUCCUUAUUUCAAAUAAAGAAAAACGUAUGACUGCCCACGAAUGUUUGGUACACCCAUGGCUCACUGGUGAUCAUAGCCACCGCACUGCCGAAAUUGCUCGUUCACGUUACCUUGCUAUGCGCGAUAAGCUACGCAAGAAGUACGAGGACUUCAAUAAAUAUCUACUGCCAAUUGGUCGCCUAUCUGAAUAUUCGUCUCUCAGAAAGUUAUUAAUUGAGAAAUAUAAAAUCCAUGAUACAUCCUUUGAUCGAAGACAAGCUGCACCGCGGUUUGUGAUCAAACCACAAUCACAAUUCUGCUACGAAGGCCAAAGUGUCAAGUUCUACUGUCGUGUAAUUGGUAUCGCCACCCCAACAUUGACAUGGUAUCACAAUAACCAGGAGCUGAGACAGAGUGUUAAGUUUAUGAAACGUUAUGUCGGUGAUGACUAUUACUUCGUUAUUAAUCGUGUUAAAUUGGGCGAUCGCGGCGAGUAUAUAAUUCGUGCUGAAAAUCACUAUGGCUCACGAGAAGAGGUUGUCUUCCUUAAUGUUCAACCACUACCUAAGGAGCAACCGGUGUACAAGCAAGAGGUGCAACCAGUACGACGUCGUGAACCAUUACCGUAUACCUUCUGGCAAGAAGAAUCAGAAUCCGCACCCAGCUUCACAUUCCUUUUACGGCCACGUGUCAUGCAGGCUCGUGAUACGUGUAAAUUGUUAUGCUGUCUUAGCGGUAAGCCAGUGCCUACGGUUAAAUGGUACAAGGAGCGCCGUGAAUUGAGUAAAUAUGAAUACUCUAUGACACAUGCUGAUGGAGUUGUUACAAUGGAAAUUGUCGAUUGUAAACCAGAAGAUUCAGGAAAGUAUCGUUGCGUUGCAACCAACUGUCACGGAACGGAUGAGACAAGCUGCGUUGUUAUUGUUGAAGGUGAAUGGCAAACAGCCGAGCAAGCUGAACUUGCUCACAACUUCCUUUAUUCUGGAGAUCGAAAAUACAUUGAACAACCAAUUAAACCGGCACCCCCACCGAUUGUGACGAUAAAACAAUUUACUUCAAGUGGUGUAACUACACAUACAAGUAGCGCAAGUAGCAGUCAUCAUUCAUCAAACUAUCAAUCAUCGAGCCAACAAUCGUCAUAUUCAUCAACCAAUAAGACUGUAAACGAGAAAUCUAGUUCCUUAUCUUUAUCAACAUCGUCGGACGUUGGUUCAACGAAGAAGAAGUACGGAAAAUUGGAUCCAGGCAGUCCAGGCUCCCGAUCCCGCAGUGCUACUAAGGAAUUAGCAUUUCCACCAGAUGAUUCUCUUAUGUGUAAACCAGAGUUCACCAAACCCCUGAAAGAUGUUACCAUUCGUGAUGGUGACCAAUUAGUUCUCACAUGCACAGUUAAGGGUGAUCCCGAGCCACAAAUAACUUGGUCCAAGAAUGGUAAAGCCAUUUCAUCCUCUGAAAUAAUGGACUUGAAAUAUAAGAACGGUGUAGCUACCUUAACAAUUAACGAAAUUUUCCCUGAAGACGAGGGUGUCUUUACAUGUACUGCAACAAAUUCAGUUGGAUCAGUAGAAACCAAGAGCAAGUUGACAGUUAAACCGAUGUCUUCUGGAAAUACCAAACGAACCACAGCUGGAGAUAAACCUCCAAAAAUUGUCUCCCAUCUGGAAUCACGAUUCGUCAAGGAUGGUGACGCAGUUACCCUAGCAUGCCGCAUCAUUGGAGCAGAACACUUUGACGUUGUCUGGCUGCACAACAACAAGGAAAUCAAACCGUCUAAAGACUUCCAGUAUACAAACGAGGCCAACAUCUAUAAACUUCAAAUUGCUGAAAUAUUCCCCGAAGACUCAGGAACAUAUACAUGCGAAGCAUUUAAUGACGCCGGUGAAUGUUUCAGUACAUGCACUAUAAAUGUUUUGGUACCAGGUGAAGAGCCUAAGCAACCUACUUUCACAAAAUUCCCAUCAUCCGUGACAGCACAUGAGGGCGAAUCAGUGAAGUUUGAAUGCGAAAGUCAAGAUGCCUUACUGCAACUGAACUGGCUUAAAGAUGGCAAAUCCAUCGAUGAAUCGCGUCCAAAUUAUAAAUUUGUUAAGGAUAAGAACAGUUAUAUCUUCGAAAUUGUUAAAUGCACCCCAACCGAUAUUGGUCAGUAUCAAGCCAAAGCAAUCGGCAAAAAAGGAGAGACUUUCGCUGCAUUUUCAGUUAACGUUUUCCCGACUGAAUCCUAGAGAGAAUAAACAUUGACGAAGAAUAUAUUUAAUUUCAUAAUGCAAUUCUAGCCUAAAACUACUAGAAAAGAAAAAAGAACGAUUUUUUUUUUUGUAUGAUCAUUCUCCAUUGAGAUACAAAAAUACGAAGCUAAUAUAUGAACGACCUGCACAUUUCGAAACUACAAAACUAUUUUUGGCUGCUCGAAAAAAGAUCAAAUAGAACAAAUAUCGGAAAAAACGCUUUCCAAAAUCAUCGCUUCGCCAAAAAUUUCGAAAAGAAAAAUUGACAGUUAUAAAAAAAAUGUGCAGAGAAUUAGAUAAUAGUUUAAACAAAAAAACCUAAAAAUUUUGAAAAGAAAAGUUUAGGGAGAAAAACAUAUCACAAAAUGAACUAGAACAAAUAAGAAAUAUCAAAAAAGCCAACGAAAAUAGAUAAAACGAAUUAAGCAAUCUACGUGUUCAAAAGCUUGGCAUCUGCACGUUACUUUUACAGUUGGAACCAGCAUCCUCAAUCGGUAUCCAACAUCGCCGACCUAUCUAAAUUUCAAUUGCAAAACGACGGGCAGAUGCUGAUCUCUUUGUUUUUAUCACCAAAAAAAAUCCCCAAAAACAUUAGUUGGCUGAAAUACAAUAAAAGAUAUGUUGAUCAAAACUAAAGAUCGAGAUCCGAAAUCCCCAAAAUUGUUCUCAAAGAAUAAAGGAAAGCCCACUACACAUAUACAACCCCCCCCCCCCCCCCCCCCAAUCAGUAAAAUAUCUUGGCCAUCAUCUCAACCACCGAAAAGAAUUAAUUUUUAAGACGCUGCCUGUGUUUCUAUCUUAUUUAUCAUAUUUUUUUUUUGAGCGUUCAUGAUAGCCAUCUUAUACACUCAAGAUUUUCCUCGAGAAAGAAAUCUAAAAUCUGGAAAAUCCCAAGAAAAUAUAACUCAAAUGGAAACAUCAGUAUCAGCGAAAUUCGUUUCCCCAAAAUAAAAUUAAAACGCGAAUUAUAUACUUCUACACAAAAUAUGUUGUUAUGGUUUUUUUGUGUUUCGACUUGUCGCUAUAGAUUAAAUUGAGAAAAUCAUGUAUAAUAAUAAGAUUGAAUAAAAAAAAAUUAUAAAUUAUUGAAA